AUGGAGAGGGGCGCAGGCCUGCCGCAGCACAUCAUGGCCCAGGUGCGCGUCCAAGCCCCGGGGACCGCGGCCAGCCUGGAGGAUCCGUGCCGGGAAGGCUCGCGGAGGCAGCAGGCGGCUGCCGCUGGGGACAGGCUGGCCGGAGGGCGGCUGCUGGACAGCCGCAGCUUGGAUGGGAUCAGCCAGGCGUACGGGGCCAGCCGGGCGCAGGAAGGGCGCCGCGCCACCAUCUCCAGCGCCCUGGAGCUGGAAGGGACGGUCAGCCACGACGGGGACCUCACCCACUUCGUGGCCAACAACCUGCAGCUGAAAAUCAAGCUGAGCUCCCGGGGCAGCUUGGAGGAGCCGGAGCCCCCGGGCCAGCCCUUCCCAGGGCUGGGGCGGAGCAAAGCGGCCGACAUCCCCCCCAUUGACCCCGCGGUGCUGACGGAGCUGGAGCGCCUGACCCAAGAGGUGGCCCACAAAGUGGACCAGAUGAUGAGGAGCUUGAGCGGCAGCAUCCAGAACAUGACGGCCCUGAGCGUGGGCUACAUCCAGACCUACCGGGACGCCGUGGACAGCCUGGGCGAGUCCGUAGACAUGAGCAUCAAAGGGAUGUACACGCUGAUGGCCCGCUGCGAGGAGCUGGACCGCUCCAUGCAGCCGGUCCACGCCCUGGCCAAACAGAUCCGGGAGAUCAAAAGGACCCUGGAGAUAUUCGAGUCGCUGUGCAAGUAG